AUGAGAAAGCUCUCGACCAUAUCUAUCAUUUAUUCCUAUAAGACUCCGUCUUUCCUAGAUUCGCCCUUGAACGCAAGCAAUCUUGAUCUCGAAUUCCAUUACAGUAGAUGGGUACCGGAGGUCCCAUUCAACCUCCAAAAUGUCGCCGUUCAUGCCAGCCUGCUGCCCACUGGCAAGGUCCUCUACUGGGGUCGGCGCUCCAAUCCCAAGGACACCAAUCCAGCGUCGCUCGACCAGCUCUUUACCAAGUCCUUCCUCUGGGAUCCUUUGACCCACGCGAGCGAGCCCAUCGCAAAAGAGCCACUCGGCAUGGAUGGCAAAUCUGUGAAUCUCUUCUGCUCCGGCCAUUGCUUUCUGCCCGAUGGCAACCUGCUCGUUGUCGGCGGGCAUAUCAAAGAUGGAUUUGGGGUCAACCAGGCGUGUGUCUACGAUUUCAAAGCCAAUGCCUGGUUCACCAAGCCCAUGAUGAAUAAGGGCCGCUGGUACCCUUCCGCGCUGACCCUGCCCGAUGGUCGUGUGCUCUCUAUUUCCGGCAGCAUUGAUGGAUUCGGAGAUUCUCACGUCAAUAACAUCCCACAGAUCGGGCCUACAGAGGUCUCGAACGCCAAUGGCUGGAUAGAGGUGACAGACCCUUUCCCGGAAGUCAACGUUAUUUUGCCUCUCUAUCCACGGCUACAUCUCGAUCCGAAGGGCCGCGUCUUCAUGGCAGGGCCGCAGGAACAGUCAUGGUUUCUGGAUAUCACAGACGCUAAUGGAGUCGACAUUAAAAAGGAAAUCAAGAAUGCUAAAGGAGUCGACAACAAAACUGCUCAAAAGACUGUCGGUACCUGGACAGAUGCAAAAACGGCGCGUAAGGCCAAGUUCCGCGACUACGCCCCCUCGGUUAUGUACGCGACCGGUCAGAUCAUGUACGUUGGUGGUGGGACUGAUACAACUGGACCCACCAACGAAACCGAGUUGAUCGAUUUGAACAAAAACCCACCACAAUGGACGACAUCGGGAAGCAUGAACAAUAAACGCAAACAGUUCAACGCCACUAUCUUGCCUGAUGGCACUGUGCUGGUGACUGGAGGUACUCGGGGUACAAGUUUCAAUGAAUUGAGAGACAGAGUCAACGGUCCAGUGCACGAAGCCGAGCUCUGGAACCCCUCUGGACCUUCUGCCAACACAUGGACGCCAAUGGCUGCAGAGAGCGCCGAUCGUUGCUACCACUCCAUCGCGCUGCUGCUGCUCGAUGGCCGGGUCCUUUCAGCAGGUGGCGGUGAAUACGGCGGCAUUACGCCAGACGACUGCCUUACGAAUGCGCAACUAUUCGAGCCACCUUACCUGUUCAACGUGCCGCCCGAGAUCAGCUAUGGUAAAGAAUUCGAGAUCAGCGUCGGCGCCAACGACUCGAUCGACAAGAUAAGCUGGGUGCGGCUCGGUUCCGUCACACAUUGCCGCAACAUGAACCAGUCACUCAUGUUCUUGGACUUCAAGCCGAAUGGCUCGAAGAUCACCGUGCGGGCUCCUGCUAACGCCAACAUUGCACCACCGGGUCAUUACAUGCUCUUUGUGUUGAACAAGCAGGGUGUGCCAUCCAUGGCCCCCAUCGUCCGGAUUGCACGAGCACCAGCACCAGCACCAGCCGGAACGCCCACACCCUCCACGCGUGUAGCGGAUGUUGCGCAGCACAUAGCCACCGCGAUAAAACAGCUUCAGCCCAGCCUUUCAGAGCACAAUGAAAGGAUCAUCGCCGAACAGGCCCGACCACCCGUCGUUGUUGGCCUCACGCCUCUUUGUCCCUACGGCCUCGGACCUUGCUGGAGUGGGGCUUACGAUGCGCUGCAACAGGUAACCGAUAUCGAGGUCGUCCGCCCGGUGGCGAACAAUAUUGAUUCCGUCGCCUUCGUCUACUUGCAGCGGGACAUCCUCCCCGACAUUGACGUGUGGCGGAGCGAAUUUGAGAGGAUCGUGCAUAAGGCAUACGACAUGCGCGGGAUCGAGAUGACGCUUUCCGGCGUGGUGACCAAAAAGCGUGUCGGUGCCGACGACCAGCUGACACUGGCUGGCACAGCGACGCGACCAGAUCUGGUUCUCGAGCCAUUCCAGGCAACCAACCAGAUCUUGUGGGAUAAGGAGGCGAAAGCUCCAAAACCGAUAACCGACGCGGAGGCCGGCGCAUACGCAAAGCUGUCCACGGCGCUGGCAGACCAUGCGACAGGAGCGACCAUGCAGAUAACUGGAUGGCUUCAGAAAUAUGGCGCCAACAAGUUUUCCCUUCAUGUUCGAAAGUUUGAAGAGGCGGAGGAGACGCAUUGA